GUGGCCGAAAUCGACGUUUGUCGAAGGCGCUGGCCAAUAAAAACGGAGGCUCGAGGUACGGACAGGAUUACGUGAUUGAAACAGAAAAAGGCCCUAGUUAAAAAAAAACCAUUUGGUUCAAUCCUUUCUCCAAGUCAAGGUGAAGAUGAAUUGUUAAGAAUUUAAAGGAUUGUCAAGACAGUUAGGACAAAUUAGUCUACCUAAUAUAUUCAUAUUAUGGAUGAAAGAAUUAACAUUGAAGCUCCAAGAUGGGACCAGUCAACAUUUAGUGGUCGUUUCUAUCAUUUCUUUGCAAUAACUAAUUGGGUUAAAAGUUUUAAAACAAAUCAUCAACUUGAUGAAGCAAAGAGGAUUGUUGAAGACUACAAACAAGGUAAAGAUGGCCAUGGCUUGAGUAUAGAUGAAUUAUGGGAUGCCAAACACCUUGUUGAYUCUGCCUUCCAUCCAGAUACUGGUGAGAGAAUGAAUUUGAUUGGACGCAUGACAUUUCAAGUCCCUGGUGGAAUGGCUAUAACUGGUGCCAUGUUACAGUGGUAUAGGACAGUACCUGCAGUGAUAUUUUGGCAGUGGAUCAACCAGUCAUUCAAUGCUCUUGUCAAUUAUACAAACAGAAAUGCCAAGUCUGAAGUCACUGGAAAGCAAAUAGGAGUGGCAUAUGUAUCAGCAACCACCAGUGCUGUAGCUGUGGCUGUUGGAUUAAAUAGUCUCAUCAAGACAGCACCACCAAUAAUAGCUCGUUAUGUUCCCUUUACAGCUGUGGCAGCUGCAAAUUGUGUCAACAUUCCUUUAAUGAGACAAAGGGAGUUAUUGCAUGGCAUCAUAGUGUAUGAUCAACAAGGCAAUGCUAUUGGACCAUCAAAGUAUGCUGCAAAAAAAGGAAUAGCACAGGUUGUUUUCUCAAGGAUCACUAUGGCAGCACCUGGAAUGUUGAUUCUUCCAAUUAUUAUGGAAAAGCUUGAAAAGUAUGCCUUUAUGCAGAGAAUCCGUUUUCUUCACGGACCAAUUCAAAUGCUGCUGUGUGGUGUUAGUUUAACUUUCAUGGUCCCUGCGGCAUGUUCAAUAUUUCCUCAAAAAUGCUCAAUCAAAGUCGAACAUUUAGAACAAGAAUUGCAAGAUAAAAUCAAGAAAAUGGGUGGACCAGCAAUUGAUAAAGUUUACUUCAAUAAAGGAUUAUAAUGACAGUAAAAUCAGUGCUGUAACGCUUCCCUAUAGGCUGCAGCCAAUGUUSGUCAAUUUCACUCGGGCUGCAGCAUAGAGCAGUCACGUACGUGAUAAAUGACGUCACAUUCCAUGAUUUGAUAUGUGACACAUCGACAAUGUUGGCUAUAGUUUUUUUUUAUUUUCAUUGUACCAAAAAAAGUUGCAUCCAAUUUCCCAUUACUCACGUGAUAUGUACAUUCCGUAAAUAAACAGAUCAGUAUUCUUGCACCUCAAAA